GCAACCCUGAGCCGAGUAGAGUGGAAGGAAAGCGGAGUCUCAGGUGAGAAGCGGCGGUGCUGUGCUGUAGAGCGCGUGCCACACACUGCAGCAGUCCUAAUAAGCAGCUUUAAGAGAUCCAGCUUCUUCAAAGCUCCACCAGAUCCUUGUUUAACAGAGAUCUACUGAUGGUGGUGAUGGCAAGUGGUCUGUUUGUGCUCCAUCUAAAGUCCAUGUGCCAGAAGGUUUCCACAAAUCAUCUGCUUGCUGUCAGUUGAUGGGGAGUUGAAGUUGUACUGACUGGAAAACUAGCACCUGGCACCCCAGAAAACCAAGAAUGAUUGCCUCCUAAACACUUCAUGCUUCCAGCACAGCCCUCUGUCCUGGAUUUGACACCUUCCUGUAGACCCCAGAUGUGAGAAGAUGUUGGACUUUCGGUCUGGUUCAUAACCAGCUAGAAAAGUGUUCCACUUCUUCUGUCCUGGAUGUGUUAUGGAUGUCAUGAAGUGCACUUUCUGGUUGAAAAUAAACACCACCGGGAUCCGACAGUUCCCAGACUGUUUUCAAUGAUUCCUCAUUCAGAUUUGUAGAAGAUUAAUAACAUUGUGAUUGACUUGACAAGGAGCUAGGAUGCCAAAACAGCACUGCAGGAAACUGUCUCUGUUCCAGGCGCUCACCCUUGUUAUGCUGUUGAUGUCCCCGGAUUGCCUGUCAUCCCAGCAAACUCAGGGCAGCCGCGUUGGCCGUUCAUCUCGAGUGCCUCGGCAGCUGUUUUACAAGAACGAAUGGGCUUCAUGGGGGGUUUGGUCAGAGUGCUCUCGCUCUUGUGGAGGAGGAGCAUCAAUCCGCCGACGGACCUGCAUCUACAGGAAUCCAGUUGGAGGACCAUGUUUGGGAGAUCCCAGGCAGUAUAAGAUCUGCAACACUAAGGGGUGUCUUCCUGGAUCUCUCGACUUCCGAGAACUGCAAUGCAAAGCUUUUGAUGACAAGCCCCUGGUUGCUGGGAGCAGUUACCAGUGGACUACUUUUCAUGGAGGUUCUGACCCCUGUGAGCUCAGCUGUUUGGCCCUGGGUCACAAUUUCUACUACAACUUCGGGAGGGUCCUGGAUGGCACACCCUGCCCAGCCGAGCCUGGGGCUAUAUGUGUGAAUGGGAAAUGUUUGAAACCAGGGUGUGACCUGAUCUUUGGCUCCCAGCAGCAGGAAGAUGUCUGCAUGGUGUGUGGAGGCCAGAAUACCACCUGCCUUCAUCACCACAGUGUGUACCGGAGUAACGGCCUGGAUAUCGGGCCGUUUGGGUACAAUGAGGUCACCAUGAUCCCAGCCGGAGCCACCCACAUCAGAGUGACUGAUAACAGCAAAAACUAUUUAGCCCUUCAGAAUGGACGCUCCCAGUUUGUGAUUAAUGGGAACUGGAAGAUCAGUGUUCCAGGGGAGUAUAAUGUGGCUGGGACCAAACUGCUGUACCGCCGCUCUGCUGAUACCUGGGAAAGCUUUGAGGUACCUGGGCCUACACAGGAAGACUUGCACAUUAUGGUUCUGUCCACUGAUAAGAAUUCUGGGAUAGAGUAUGAGUACUGGCUGCCCCCCGAGCUCUAUGCCCUGCAUCAUGGAAGGCAGAAUCCAUACCGGCAUCACCACACAUCAAACUUCCUGCCCUGGGAACUGCCAACUACCACUACUACCACCACUACUACCAUUACCACCACAACAAGACCUCCUGCCACUACACAGCCUUCAUGGGGUUCUGUAGGUGGACGAAGACCUCCCGUGAGACCUCCCUUUCAGCAACAGCCGCUACCUCGUCUGGAACGAGAUGAGAAGAGUAACUACCUGCCUCGGACGCACAGCACAGUUUACUGCGGGAAAUGCAGGAGGGUGAAGGGACGGAGGGAACGGCAGAGGCAGUACUGCCAGAAGGACUAUGUCUUCAGAGCCAAGAUUUUGACGAAGGUCUAUAUUGGCAAAGAGACACGGUACGACGUGCAAAUUAUCCACACGUACCGCAACCGCUUCCACCUGGCGCGCCGGGAAUACCUAUGGGCCCCCAACAGGUGUGAUUGCCCCGCACUGGAGGAGGGCUAUCAGUAUGUGCUAAUGGUCAGGCGUCACGUCAACCAUGAACAAACGCUUGAUCGCAUUCUGCUAGAGGAGGACAGCUAUGCGCAGAUUUACCGCCCACGAGAGGACAGCCUCCUGCGCCCCCUAGAGGACCUUUGCAGUAACAGGGGACCGAGAACUUACCAGAGAGGGUAGAGGAUGUGGACUUGGACCCUGAAUGACUGAGUUCGUUGUGCACUUGUUAUAUUUAAUCCUACUUCCAAAAAACACAAAUGACAAGAAAAACUCCCUGUUUCUGGCUUUAAAAAGUAUCUGUGGAUAUUACAGGAACUCUUGGGUGAAAAAAAAGGAGUCCAUAAGUUCCCGAGUUAUACCAAAGCUACUCACUAAAUGAAGCACUUUAGGUGGAUGUUAUAACCUACCUUUAAAAACGCAUAUACCAAAGAAGAACAUAUUUUUUGUAUUAUUAUUAUUAUUGUUGUUGUUGCCUUGCAUCUAUAUACACUCACUGUCCACUUUAUUAGGAAUACCUACACAUUCAGUUAUCUUAUCAGCCGAUCAGGUGGCCGCAGAACAGUGCGUGAAAUCAUGCAGAUAAAGAUCAAACGCUUCAGUUAAUGUUCACUUCAACCAUCAGAAUGAAGAAAACGUGGUGUGUGUGACUUUCACUGUGGCAUGGGUAUUGGUACCAGAUUAGGGUGACCAGACGUCCCGGUUUUACAGGACAGUCCCGAUUUGGGGUUGUGUGUCCCGAGUCCCGACAAAAGUCUGUCGGGACACAGAUAUGUCCCGGUUUUCGCCACUCGCGACGUUUGCGACUGAGCAGCGUGGGAAUCAUUAGCGGAGAAAUGUCUGCAUUUACUAUUUUGAUGAAUUGACAGGAAUCGCAAACUUUCCUGGUUACUGCCCCCUGGCCCUGUGGCAUGGGUGUUUAUUUAGCCGCAUUAUUCCAGACAACAGAACGUGUUGCCAUGCAACAAUAAAAUAAACAUUAACUGGUGCGAAUGUUCUUUGUCUAGUAGCUAGCAGCAGUAAUGCCGCAGCAGUUAUGCCGAAAAGAAAAUGUACCUUUUCCAAAGAUUUACAGGGCACCUACCCCUUCCUCCGAGAGGUGCAGAACAAUGCGCAUGAAGCCUACUGCACACACUGUAAGUGCUUUGUUCCUGUACUGAGUUGGGUAGCCUAUGUUGCAAAUGCUGUGCGCGCCUGUGGGGGCUUUCCUCGGGCUGUCGCCCCUCUCCUCCUUUACUGCUGUUUUGUUUGAGUGUAUAUUUACGGAAGCCGCGAGAGGCCCUUCAUAUAAUCUUUUUUUAUUCACCUUGUUA